AUGAAGAACUCUCUGAAAAAAUUGCGAGGUCUGGCACUUCACAAUCACAAGCAUGCCUCUUCCAAGUCCAUCCAGCCUCUUGGCCAGCUUGACGAGCUCGCUCGGGCUACGAAGGAUAUGCAGGAUAUGAGGGAUUGCUAUGACACCUUGCUUUCCGCCGCAGCAGCAACCGCCAGCAGUGCCUAUGAAUUCUCGGAGUCCUUGCGGGACAUGGGCUCUUGUCUUCUCGAGAAGAUCGCUUUAAAUGAUCACGGAGAUGAAAUUGGAAAACUUCUCCUCAUGCUUGGCAAAAUCCAGUUCAAACUCCACGAACUCAUUGAUGACUACCGUUCUCAUAUAAUCCAGACAAUUACCAUUCCAUCAGAGUCUCUCUUGAAUGAACUUCGAAUUGUUGAGGAGAUGAAACGGCAAUGUGACGAGAAAAGAGACUUAUACGAGUAUAUGGUAACAAGAUACAGAGAAGGAGGCAGGUCUAAAGGUGGGAAAGAAGGAACUUUUUCUUUGCAGCAGUUGCAAACUGCUCAUGAUGAAUAUGAUGAAGAGGCUACUUUGUUUGUUUUCCGAUUGAAAUCUCUGAAGCAAGGACAAUCACGUAGUCUUCUAACACAGGCAGCGCGUCACCAUGCUUCUCAGUUAUGUUUCUUCAAGAAAGCAGUCAAGUCCCUUGAGACAGUAGAACCACAUGUAAAAUCUGUAACUGAACAGCAGCACAUUGAUUACCAGUUCAGUGGUCUUGAAGAGGAGGAUGGGUAUGAAGGUGAUUAUGGAGAUGAUGAUGGUGGUGGUGGUUAUGAUGAUGGGGAGCUAAGUUUUGACUAUGGACAAAUAGAACAAGACCAAGAAGUUUCUACAUCACAAAACUCAAUGGAGCUGGAUCAGGUGGAACUUGCACUUCCUAGAGGUUCUACAGCUGAAGCUGCAAAUGAAAACUUAGAUAAACUUCAAAGGAAUUUGUUUUCCUUUAGGGUUAGGACGGGGAGCCAAUCUGCCCCGCUUUUUGCUGACAAUAAACCUGAUGCUAGUGAAAAACUGAGACAGAUGCGCCCAUCUUUAUCACGGAAAUUUAGUUCAUAUGUGUUACCCACACCAGUUGAUGCUAAGAGUUCAACCUCCUCCGGGUCAAAUAAUCCAAAGCCUUCCAAAAUGCAGGUAAAUUUAAGUGAACCUACAAAGAACAUGUGGCAUUCAUCCCCAUUGGAACAAAAGAAACCUGAAAAACAUAUUGGAGAUGAAUUUUCUGGUUCUUUUGUCAGAAGUGCACAGUCAGUACUCAAGGAAAGUAACAGCAAUACUGGCUCCACGAGAUUGCCGCUUCCUCUGGGAGAUAGUCUUUUAUCCUCAAACUAUGAUUACAUUUCUGCUUACUCUAAAAAGAUUAAAAGACAUGCCUUUUCUGGCCCAUUGACAAGUAAUCCCGGCCCAACCAAGCCAGUCUUGGUAGAAAGUGUUCACCUGUUCUCUGGACCUCUUUUGCCAACUCAAAUCCCUCAGCCUCGAUCAUCAUCUCCUAAUGUAUCUCGCAGUACUUCUCCCACUCUUAGGUCUUCACCCAAAAUAAGUGAGCUUCAUGAACUUCCUAGGCCUCCAACCAGUUUCCCAUCCAAUUCAAGGCUUUUAGGUUUGGUUGGUUAUUCUGGUCCAUUGGUGUCUAGAGGCCAAAAGGCUUCCUCUGCAAAUAGUUUGGUUGCAUCAAGUGCUGCAUCUCCAUUGCCAAUCCCACCUCAGGCUAUUGCUCGUAGUUUCUCCAUACCUUCUAGUGGCACUAGAGUAGCAGCACUACAUGUGCCUAGAACACUAGAUUCUUCUCAUAGGUCGUCUGUAUCUGAGAAUAUUUAUUCUCCUCCUCUGAUGCCAAUAGCGUUAUCUACUAGUCAGCCAUCAUCGGAUUGCUGA